GGCCCACCGCGUCGCCCCUCUCGGCUCCAACCUGCCGCCGUGCCUGCUGCACGGCUCGGCGCGUCUGUCCCGACUGGGAGCUGGGGAGGGGUCGCGUCCCGCUGCUAGGGUCCCGGGGGCGGAGGAGGGGAAAUGUAGAGGAGGCCAAUGAUGUCAUGGAUGCUUCGCCCGGCCUGGGGGGGGGGGAGGGCGGCCGGAGGGGGUGCGGUCCGGAUUAUGUCACCUCUUCCCUCUGCGCCCCGCCCCCCAGGGCCACACGCGUUGGUGGGUAGCCCUAGGAGGUGCAGGCGGGAUUUUCCCCACAGCAGAGACCCCCUGGGCACCCCUGCGGAUGGCCUGUGGCUGGGGUCUCUAUCUGUUGGCGCUGUGCGCUGUGGGCUGCUGGUGAAUGGCGACCCCCACCCCCAGUGGAGGCUCGUGUGUUCGCGCGUGUGUGAGCUCCGGGUAUGUGUGGGGGUGUGCUGUCGGCCCCCCCAGUCCUGAAACAUGGGCUUCAACAGAGCCAGGAUAGUGUCCAUGCCUCCAAGGGAAGAUGGAUCUCCCCUCACACAUCCCAACCAAGAAGUUCUGGAGAUCUCUGUACCCCUAGAGCCCUACAGUGCCCCUGGAUCCCUUUCCUCCCUCAGUCCUUCUUCCUGGUAGCCCUUCCUGGUUUCUCUGCCUGUGUUCAUUACCUAUUUGCAUUGCUCAUAACUAGCGUUCCCAUAGGCAUUCACCCUGCAUUUUCUUGGUGCCAGGGCCCAGAAACCCUGAGGACUCUUUCAUUUUUGUCCUGGGGUGUCCUGAGCUAAGUGCUCCAAGACCCCUGAGAUAUAUCAGGGAUGCUGUAUUGACAGCAAUUGGACUGAUUCUAGAAGGCUAUAGGAUGAGCACAGAGAGCUGAGGUUGUAUGUGGAGUGGAGAGGAGCUCAGGUCAAGGAAGAUAAAGGAUGGGCAUCAGGAGGGACCUUGGGGACACUGCUGCAAGCUCUGCUUGAUUCUGGGGACCAAGAGGAAUAUCAAGCAAUUUGCCCUUAAUAUAUUUGCUUCUUAAAAUUCCUGCAAGGUAAAUGUGAGAAUCUGAGGUGAAACAACCUACAUUUGGUUCCACUCCAAUCCGUCGAGCUGUGAUUUACACUUGGAGCUGAUGGAGCCAGAACUCCAUCUUCUGCACUUGACCCAGCUCAUGGAAGGAUUUGGGCAGAAUAAGAACAUGAAUGGCUUUGCCCUUUAGAAAGAGUCUCUUGGCUGCAGCUCAAGAAGGGAGUGCAGAAGAAGGGCCACUGAGGAGACUCAGCAAAGGUGCUGGCAGGAGGUGCUGCUGAGAUCUUUAGCAGGUGGACUGAGUUGGACUUGGGGACCUCUGGGACUUCAAGUGUUCUAGCUUUGGGGGAAUACAGGUGGUGAGGAUCGAGGUGGUUUCUAUGGAUUGGAGAGACUUUCCUGUGUAACUCGUAGGUCCCUCUGUGACCACUUAAACUGUAAUGUCACACGCAUUGAGUAUUAAUAAGACAGAGAUAGAGGCAGAGUGUGGAAACAAGGCUGUCGUGGUUCAAUGACAUGGUUCGAUGCCAUGAAGCUUUCUUUUCAGAUCACACUGUUACCUGGGCCAGUGCAAGACCCUGACCCACAAGGAAGCACAACCCUUCCUCUCAGCUUAAUUCCUUCUUAGCAGUAAAAAAUAUCCCAACUCCUUGUCCUUCCAGCUCCCUGUCAGGUUUUUGAGGAAAGUACCAGCAGCAGUCUAAUCUUGGGAGAGGAAAGGGGAGCAGGGAACACUUGCAAGAGGUUGACCAUGACAGAGUAGAAUUAUGGCAAGAAGCUCUUUGGGCUCCAGAGAGAGCUUCUGUAGAAUGACAAUCAAGGAUUCCCCAGGUACAGCACAAGGAAAGAAGGUUCAGGACAGUGUCAUUUCUAUCUAGAGCUCUGGGCAUGUGAACCUAGUGGGAAAUAACACACAGUCUAGAGAAAGAGUGGGGCAGAUUGGCAUAUGACCAACUCAAAUUUAUGGUCAGAUUAUUUUUUCCUAGAUCUCAAAGAAGGUGGUUUUGCAUGUUUGUGCUGUACCUUACGGUUUAGAAAGUACCUUCCCAAGCAUUAGCCCUGUCACUCACAAUCAACAUUAUCAUGUCUGAGAUUUCUUCUUAUUCAUCCCUGGCUUCUGAUGCAGCCCCCUUGCUAGCUCCCUGCCUAGAUUUUUAAUUUUACUAGUGGUGCCUUUCUUUGGCAUAUCAGCACACUCAAGUUUCUAUCAUGUUUAAUUUUAAAAUUAAAAAAGAAAACAAACAUUGAGAUUCCAAAACUCCUUAAAUAAUGGUGUUCUCUGGCCUCUGUUAGCAGGGAAUUCUGCCAUUUCAUCUCUCUGCACCCCUCCACUCCUGUGGUCUGCUUUUCCCUUGUACUACUUUUCUGAAGCCAUUCUUACUGACAUACACCAGUGAUAUCUUCAACUGCCAAAUCCAGGGCACACUCUGUAAUCCCAAUUUUUACCUGUCCCUUUUCUUUUUAACCCUGCGAGCUGCCCCCACGUCCCCUGUUUUUCUUUCUUUUUUGAGAUGGAGUCUCGCUAUGUCACCAAAACUAAGACUGGUAUUAAACUCCUGGGCUCAAGAGAUCCUCUUGAGUAGCUGCGACUGUAGGUGUACACCACUGCAUCUAGCUUGGCCCCACAUUCUUGAGUCCCCCGUCUUGGCCUUCAGGGCCCAGCUUCUCCUAGAUGCCUUCUAGUUCCCACACUGUCACCCAGACUUAUGGGGCUCUUCUGCCUUAGUUGAAGGCUGGGCCCACCCACACCGCCCUUGUAUGCUGAAGAUUCGAGUCUUUCGCUCCACUCAGUGCAUGAGAAUUAUUUCUCUGGUCUUCUCAAAAAGACUUAUUUCAGGGCCAGGGUUGUGGUUCAGUGGUAAAGCACGCGCCUAGCUCAGGUGAAGCACUGGGUUCAAUCCUCAGCACCACUUAAAAACAAAAUAAAUAAUAAAUGUAUUGUAUUCACCUACAACUAUAUAUAUACACAUACACACACACACACACACACAUAUGCGCGCACACACACACAUACACACGUACUUUUUAAAAUUUAUUUUAAGACCUAUUUCUCUCAAGCAAUUUCCCCAUUAUGUUAAGGGUGUCCCACCCACCCUUAUGCUUCAGCUCAGAUUCUUUCCUUGUUUUUACCCCCCUGGUGCCCCAACCCAGACAUUUCCCUUGUCCCUACUACCUGAAACCCAGCUGUAUGAGGCUUUGCCAGUUUCUCUUCUCCAAACCCUGCCUAGGCCUUCCCACUGGUUUCAAGCUUCAGGCCAUUCAGCAACCAUCCUCCCAAUUCUAGCUGCUUCCUAUACGUCACCCAGUGAUGUUGAGAGAAGGGGGCCAUGUUUAGGGUAGGAGGGGUUUCAAAGCCAAGGAGUAGCAGCCAGGAUGGAGUAUGCUGGGGAGUGGAGGCAGAUACUAGGGUGAGGCAAAAGAGGCCUCACUCUCAGGGUUGUGGGUGUACCUGCACGUCCUGCACUUCACUUGUGCCCUAUAUGCCUCUCUUGCCCAGCUUAGUGCCACUGCUGGUUAUGGGGAUAGACUUGCAGAAGGGAUGAGGGUGGUGAAAAUUUGCUGUUCUCCACACCUGUGGGGAAAAACUGAGAGAAUGGAAUGCUACAUUCCAUUUAAUAGACCAGUUUGGCGGUGAACUUACCCACCAUCUAAGGCUGAUAUGGCCUGAAGAUCCUGAAGAGCAAGGGUUUUACCAGGCUUCCUUGUUUGGGAACAUUAACACUGGACAUCAUUAGAAGACAGUCUACAGAACACUCAAAGGGAGGUUGGAUUCCUUCACUUAAUAGAGAAGGAGGGCUUCCUGCCCAGUUUCUGGUUGAACCUGGGUGGGGGCAGGAGGUUUAAAGGCCUGAAAGGCACUAGAGUUUGAGCCAUCUUGAGCCAUCUAGCCAGCUGCUAGCACCCUAGUGCCCCUGUCCAGCUGGAUUAUGUAGAUCUCUGUGACAGGUGUUCCCAGGUGCAGACUUGAGACAAAGGAACCAGGAAAUCAGGCCUGCCUGAGCUCAGGUAAUCCGAGGCCCUGCUCCCCCUCUUUCUGCCGGCCUGCCUUGGGGGAGGGGGCGCACAUCCACAGAAUUGACUUCAUGGUGAACUGAACAGGAUCAAAGUCCACAGGGAGCGGGGGAGGGGGCAAUCCAGGAAGUCUUCCUGGUGGCAGUGCAUUCUUGGCAGGGUUCAGCAGGUGCAGGAUCCUCUGGAGCACCAUGGAGUGCAAAGGCCGCCCCCCACCCCACCUGUGGGAGAUGUAGGCCCCAGGGAGGCUCGGCCAGCGCCAGAAGCCCGCAGCACUGCCUUCCAGUCCUGGCCUCUGUCAGCUUGGGGGCCUCUGUAGUACUGACGUCGGGGAGGGGGUCCCUUUCGGGGUCCCUUUCGCUACAGACGAAUUGGGAAGACCUCCCUUGCCACCUGCUGCAGCUUCGGCCUGCAUUCGGUCAGUCUGGUCUGAGUGCCCAUGGCGCCGCCCACUCGCGACGCCAGCGCAUCCUACAGGGGCAGCUCCGCCCACCUAACCUGGUGACCGGGUUCCUUCCCGUGCACGCAGCCUCGGGGCACCUGCCGAGCGGCAGCUCCGCGAGGUAGGUUCUUCAUUCCUCCCAUUUCGCAGAGGAUGGCUCAGUCGGCCCGUCCAAAGUCGCGCAGCUGGUUCGGGCCGAGCCCCGACUGCGAGAGUCAGCCACAUGGCCCCUGCAGACCGGGCCUCGGAGGGUCCCAGGCUUGAGGACCCAUCGGCCCCCCACUCCCUUGGAAAGGCAAGGAGAGGAGCCUGCGCUGGUAGUGAGCUUCCACUUCCGCCCUUGACUACAACACCUUAGGUGCCCUCCUGGCUUAGUCAUGGCGAAGCUGGAGACACUGCCCGUGCGUGCUGACCCAGGGCGGGAUCCCCUCCUGGCCUUUGCCCCACGGCCCUCUGAGCUUGGACCCCCAGACCCCCGCCUGGCCAUGGGCAGUGUGGGCAGUGGGGUGGCCCAUGCCCAAGAGUUCGCCAUGAAGAGCGUGGGCACCCGCACAGGGGGUGGGGGCAACCAGGGCAGUUUCCCAGGCCCCCGAGGCAGUGGCAGUGGGACCAGCAGGGAGAGGCCAGGCCGAUACCCCUCAGAGGACAAGGCUCUCGCCAACUCCCUCUACCUCAACGGCGAGCUGCGGGGCAGUGACCACACAGAUGUCUGCGGCAAUGUGGUGGGUAGCAGCGGUGGCAGCAGCAGCAGCGGUGGCAGUGACAAGGCUCCACCACAGUAUCGUGAGCCCAGCCACCCACCCAAGCUCCUGGCCACCUCUGGCAAGCUAGACCAGUGCUCAGAACCACUAGUUCGGCCAUCAGCCUUCAAGCCUGUUGUACCCAAGAAUUUCCAUUCCAUGCAGAAUUUGUGUCCCCCACAGACCAAUGGGACCCCUGAGGGACGACAGGGCCCUGGUGGCCUCAAGGGUGGACUGGAAAAGUCUCGGACCAUGACCCCAGCAGGCGGAAGUGGGGGCGGCCUCUCAGACUCAGGCCGGAACUCACUCACAAGCUUGCCCACCUACAGCUCCAGCUACAGCCAGCACCUGGCGCCCCUCAGUGCUUCCACCAGUCACAUCAACCGCAUCGGCACUGCCAGCUAUGGCAGUGGCAGCAGUGGUGGGGGCUCGGGCUACCAGGACCUGGGGACUUCUGACAGUGGGCGGGCCUCCAGCAAGAGUGGGUCAUCAUCAUCCAUGGGGCGGCCAAGCCACCUGGGAUCUGGGGAGGGUGGAGGUGGAGGCCUGCCAUUUGCAGCCUGCUCACCACCCUCGCCCAGUGCACUGAUCCAGGAGCUGGAGGAGCGGCUAUGGGAGAAGGAGCAGGAGGUGGCAGCUCUGCGGCGCAGUCUGGAGCAGAGCGAGGCAGCUGUGGCCCAGGUGCUGGAGGAAAGGCAGAAGGCAUGGGAGCGAGAGCUAGCAGAGCUGCGGCAGGGCUGCAGCGGGAAGCUGCAGCAGGUGGCCCGCCGUGCCCAGCGAGCCCAGCAGGGACUACAGCUGCAAGUGCUGCGGCUGCAGCAGGACAAGAAGCAACUUCAGGAAGAGGCAGCCCGGCUGAUGCGGCAGAGGGAAGAGCUAGAGGACAAGGUGGCCGCCUGCCAGAAGGAGCAGGCCGACUUCCUGCCCCGGAUGGAGGAAACUAAGUGGGAGGUGUGCCAGAAGGCCGGGGAGAUUUCCCUUCUGAAGCAGCAGCUGAAGGACUCUCAGGCUGAUGUAUCCCAGAAGCUGAGUGAGAUUGUGGGUCUGCGCUCACAGCUGCGGGAGGGCCGGGCCUCACUGCGGGAGAAGGAGGAGCAGCUGCUCAGCCUGAGGGACUCCUUUGGCAGCAAACAGGCCAGCCUGGAGUUGGGUGAAGGUGAGCUGCCUGCCACGUGCCUCAAGCCUGCGCUGACCCCCGUGGACCCUGCCGAACCACAGGAGGCACUGGCCACCUGCGAAAGUGAUGAGGCCAAGAUGCGCCGUCAGGCUGGGGUGGCAGCUGCUGCCUCCUUAGUUUCCAUGGAUGGGGAGGUGGAUGCUGGAGGGGAGAAUGGGACACGGGCCCUAAGGCGGGAGGUGGGGCGGCUGCAGGCUGAGCUGGCAGCAGAGCGGAGAGCCCGGGAGCGCCAGGGCGCCAGCUUUGCAGAGGAGCGCCGCGUUUGGCUGGAGGAGAAAGAGAAGGUCAUUGAGUAUCAGAAGCAGCUGCAAUUGAGUUAUGUGGAGAUGUACCAGCGCAACCAGCAGCUGGAACGGAGGCUGCGGGAGCGUGGGGCAGCAGGGGGUGCAAGCACUCCUACCCCACAACAUGGUGAGGAGAAGAAGGCCUGGACCCCUUCCCGCCUUGAACGCAUUGAGUCCACAGAAAUCUGAUCCUCCACCUGGGCACGUGGCCUUCUGACAAGUGCCCUGUCUCAAGGCCAGAGUCCCCAGUCUCCCCUCCCUUCCAUUUCCCUUCCCAAUGUGCCCCAUGUCCCCAGACCAAAGAGGUUCUUAGAGCAGCUGUGACAAGGCUCCUCCCUGCCCCCUCAUGCCCUCCCAGUUCCAGUACUGCCCCUGUGGGUAGCCACUCGGACCCUCCUCUUAAGGAGAGAAUGGGGAAAGGGCAGAGUGCAUAGGGAUGAGAGCCCAGGCAGCAGGGAGCAUGCCCCCUUUCUGGGCAGCCCCUUGUUGGAGAUGGAGGCAGCAGGCCUGCAGUGCCAUAAGAUGCCCCAGACCCUCAGGGAGUCUGGGCUGCUGUUGUUGGCCACUUGUGUCUAGUGAUGCUUUCUGUGCUCACUUCCUAGGCCGUGGAGCCUGAGGGGGCCUGCACGGGUCUGCCAAGGCCAACAGACCCUGGGCUCCUGGCCUCUCUCCUUCCUGUGGUGUUAUCCCUCCUUGGGCAGAUUGGCAGGACAAGUAGGAGCAGAUGGCCUGCCUGUGUGGUUGAGAGGGCUACCUGCCCAGCCCCUCCCCCGUAAGGUCUCUUGGGUUUAGGCCUCAGAACCUGGCCUGGCCCUGAGUGUGUAUUCCCUCUGUGUUGGGCUGGAAGCUCAGUGUCCAAGGGAGAUCUUUCCUCAUGUUCUUGCAAAGGGUCAUCUGGAGGUUUCUACCUUCACCCUUCUGGCCAGGAUCCUGCAGGGCAAGAGCCCCAGAUGCUUGGCUUACCCCACACCCAGGGCCACUGUCGGCUCUAACUACAGCUAUUAAGUGCUACCUGCCUCUCAGGCACUCCCCUUGCCCAGCUUCUGAGGUCAGAUGAGUGUCUGUGAUGUCUUCCUGUGUCUUCCCUCACUCACUUCCCCUAGUUUCCUGCUUUCAUGCUCAGAACAUCAUCUUCCCAGGCUGCCUCUUCCCCAGAGUCUCACUUUUCUUUUAGUAGAAAAUUCUGCUUGAUCUUUGGUGCACUGCCCACUUCCCAGCUCCACUGGCCCAAGUCCGAGGCCCUUGUUUUGGGGUGCCAGGAGGGUUGGAUGCAAUUGCGCUUGAAGAACAAGGCUGACCUAAGAGGAACACUAACCUCUUGGUUCCUUGUCAAGCUCUGAGUUGGCUCAGCAUUUGCCCAGGGAGGCCUGGCAUGGCCAUCAGUAGGAGUUGGGACAGCCAAUGUCAUUUCCUUCUCUGGUGGCUCUCUCAGAAUCUAACUCCCCAAGAUAGGAAGGGAACUUGUAAUUUCCCUUCUAAGAAAGCAAAUUUCUAAUUCACCAGCAAUAAAAAUCAGAGGAGGCUUGGCCCUCAGCCCUUGUA